UCUCUGUUUACUGGUUACAGGUCCAAGGUUGAGGUGAUAAACGUGUUUAGUAACGCUCCAGAUCUUGGUGCACGCCAUCUCUAAACUCACUGCAAGGUCUCACUCCAUAGACGAGCAUAAAGGAACUUCUACCGGGCCUGCAGGAUGGCUCAGACAGACACCAAGGUGCUGGUUCUGGGAACGCUGGCUGGAGUGGCCGGCAUCAGCCUCGCUGUGGUGUGUUACAAGAGCUUAAAGUCUAAGCAAAGAGGCUCCUGGCCAGGGUUCUAUCACAGCCACACUAAUGGACAGGAGUCUGACAUCAUGUUGGUGGAUGGUCCAGGUUUCCCAAGAGGACAGGCUGAAGUUCUGGAGCGCCUCGAGGCCCUGAUUCAGUGUGUUUCUGAGCUGAAAGAAGAAAUGAAAUCACUGAAGACUGCUCUGCCAAUGCUGCAGGACCAUGUCAGGGAAGAAUUGCGAGGCCGUAAUGAGACGCGUCGAGUCAGCCCUCUGCACAAAGCCACACCACGAAGGAAAAGGCCUGCAGGGGCCUCCAGAGCAGAGGGACAGAGCUCAGAGGAAGGAGAGAGUGAGGGAGGGUACAUCACUGCACUGACUGACUCUGAAGAGGAAGAGCCCAGAGAGGAAGAAGAGAGUUGUGAAGAACUGCCUGAAGUCCAGGUGUCCCUCCUCCUGGACAGAGUUGACCGUUUACAUCUGGGCAGCGAUUGUGAGAAGAGAGAAAGUCUCAACAUCCUUUUGGAGCAAAAAGAAGAAUUAGGACAGAAUUCAGCGUUUCUUUGGCGGCUUGCAAGAGCUUACUGUGACGUUCAUGACAUCAGCUCCGCACAGGAGGAGAAGAAAAGACAUGCAGAAAACGGGAAACAAGUUGGCCAGGAGGCAGUCAGCUUGAACCCUACAUGUGCUGAAAGUCACCAGUGGUAUGCUGUUAUGUGUGGAAUUAUGGCAGACUAUGACACGAUACAAAACAGAAUAAAGAACGGCUACAUUUUUAAGGAUCAUCUGGAUAAAGCCAUCGAGCUGAAGCCGCAGGACCCGCUGUCCUACUACCUGCUGGGCCGCUGGUGCUAUGCUGUUGCUCAGUUGUCCUGGAUUGAGAGGAAAGUUGCAGCAACUCUUUUUGGGGAACCUCCAACUGCAUCAGUGGAAGACGCUCUGAAAAAUUUCCUCAAGGUGGAAGAAAUCCAUCCUGCUUACUCUAAACUCAACUAUGUGUUUCUAGCUAAGUGCUAUAAAGACCUGGGACGCCUGGAUUUGGCCAGAAAGAUGUGUGAAUCGGCUCGUUCCAUGAAAAACGUCUCCAAAGAGGAUGAAGAAGCACAGAAGGAGCUGGACCUGCUGCUCCCAGCGCUCGGAGGGUUUGAACAAUGAAAGUUGUUUCCUGUGUGUUGUUAGAGCUGCACAUGUGAGUGUAUGGAGACGUGGUGUUAAUUCACUCUGUGAGUGUAACGAUAAUCAUCAGUAGGAGCAGCUUAUUUUAAUUUAGACUUUUGAUUUUAAAUGGAUACUUUGCAACUUUUUCACGUUUUUAAAUCAUUUUCUUGAGCCAGUUUGUGCUAAAAUGACCCCUAUAGCCCCCGUGGCCAGAAUGUUCCACUUGCAGCUUCAGAGUGCCGGUCCGGUCUGCUGGAAAAAUAUUGAGCUGACAUAUCUGACGCUGCAGUCUGGUUCCAGCACGUUUGCUGCAUGUUUUAGAUCAUGAACACAGCUGAUUUUUGUUUAGUUUACUGGUGAAUCUCUCCUGUAGACACUAAUGAAGGCUGAGGAGACAUUUCAGCUGCUUGUUCUGAUUCAGACAGCUCAGCAUGGAGCGUUAUAGUUUAAACUCCUUCCUGUGGGAAGCUUGUGGUCAUCCCAACUCUUCAGUCCGUAUCACACUGGGCCUCCAGGAGGUAUUGAAUUCUUUGUAUUCCAUCCAUUUCCUGUGGUUCGUCCUAGACCAGGUCGUGGGGUUAACUGGUUCAGUAGGGUAGCCGAUAAAUUCCUCGCCCCAAAGGCAUGCCCACCUUCUCCUGGGUGAUCCGAAUGAAUUCCCAGGCUAGAGAGGACACAUGAUUCCUCCUUCAUGUUCUUGGUCUUCCCUGGGUUUUCCUCCCUAGUUCCAGGACGUUCCUGGAAAACCUCUAAAGGCAGGUGACCAGGAGGCAUGCCCAGACCACCUCACCUGCCCCUCUAGAUGUUAAGGAGCAGCGGCUGGAAUAGUUCUUACGUUUUCUUGGACAAAUCUCAGGUCCUCGCUAUCAGGUCACUGGAAAUGUUUUGGUUUCAGUCACAAUUAUGAGUCGACGUUGGUCUGGCAAUCACGUCGAGAAUACAUCGGGACAAACAACUUAAGACAUUUGGAGCCAAAGUGAAAGAGAAAAUUUUGUUUGUAAUUUUGUCAAAUGCAACACGACCAUGUAUUCAGCAGCUUGUAUGUGACACUGCGUUGUCCUGCUGGAAUACGAAUUCAUCAGGGUACAAACGGAGUCCAGUCGACCACUUGGUCGAGAAAUCAGCUUGAGUAAAAUCUACAACGUCUUUUAGAAAAGAUAUGAAGCUGAAAUUUUGGGGAAAUAUUUAGAAAAUCACUAAGCUGAACACAGUUGUGUGUUCAAGAGUGUUUUUGGACUAGCUGGUGAUACAGUUUGAACAUUUUUUUCUCCACACCUGAUUGAAAAUUAGCUGCGAACAUUAGGGCCAUUCCAACUGAAAAUUUGCACGUUUCUACCCUGUUUUAUGUCUCCAGCUAGUUGCAGUUGCAACCUUAUGAGAUGCGGUCUUUAGUCCAACGAGUACUAACAUAACAGGAAAGAGAGGAAUCAAAAACACGUUGGUUUUUUGUUGUUUGGCAGCGUGUUUCUGGCGUUCGUCCCAUUCAGACUCAGAUUUUAGAGACGACUCAACUUGCUGGCAGCUCCUGCUCACUUAUGAGUCAGGCAUCGUAUAUGAACUCUAACCUUUUUCCUGUUUAAAACACUAACCUGUGACAUCAGUUGUUUAACAAGCUUAAAGAGCAAGUCACCCCCAAAUCAACUGAUAAAAUGUAUUAAUGAGUGUCUAAUAGUGCUGUAGGCAGGUGUAGUCAUUAUUGUGAAAUUUUAGCGCAUCUUAUUUAAAAUGGAAUAAUUCAGCUUAAAACCAUCAGCGUGGGCGCCAUCUUCAGGUUACAACUCUGUAAUAUAUUGAAUUUGAAUCAUCCAUGGCCAAUGGCUGAGAGGUACCCUGUAUGAUGUCAGCCAUAGCCAGUCUCGGGCUAAGCCACACCUCCAUAGCAAGUUGGAGUCAAAAUGGCGAGGCAUUUCACGAGCCAUUGUUUACCAGUGAAACGGCUCCGAGAUGCUCGUCUCCACAACAAACCGUCCCUCUAGUGAAGCAGGUAGAUGAGUCCUCCACCCCACAUGACCUCUCUGACUAUCGGCCUAGUGCUGCGUGUUCUCCGCAUCGACAUAUAUACUGGACAAUUCGUGUCCAUAGGCUCCAAUUAUAAGUUUUUGUACCAAAAUGGGAGGUUCCCACCACCGCCAUUUUGACAGUGUCACAGGUUCCGUCCAGCCCAGACAAUUCCAAACUUCUGUAGAUAAGAGGAACAGAGAUUAGAUCUGUUAGUGAUUAGUUAGGCCUGGUUCACGCACAGAUUUGUGAUUGAUUGAUUGUCCCAGGUCUGUCUCUAUUGCCUUAAAGGUAAUCUUAUAUAUUUAUGCCGUGCUUGGUGUGUUGGAACCACAUUGGCAACACUCGGAUAACAAACCGAGAAUAUUCAACAUGUUGGAUUGCCUUGGUCCAGCAGGUUAUUUGCAGCCACAGAGCUAGCUAACAGCAACUCGGUGGGAUUUCAUAAUCCCUUUCUUUGGCUGGAAUAAUUAAGGAAUAUUAAAUUUGUGGCAAUAAAAAUAAUUUAUGAUUUCGUAGCUCGGAGAGUUUGUGAUUGGACACAAUUCUGCUCCGGCCCCACUGUGACUAGCUGUCGGCUCAUCUGAUCCAUCAGGUUUAUUUAUUCAACACUCUAACUUCCACACCAUUAAUUUAUUUUUGCACCUUUUAUUUCGGUCAAUAAAGGAAAGGAAAGGAUAAAGUGAUAACAUGUAAAAAUAAAUAUAUUUUACUGUUAAUAUAAUAAUAUACUACGUAGGCAUGUUUAACUGUUCUUAGUAUUUUCUUAUUUACACUUAAGCCAAAACGUCACACUGAUGCAUUUGAACAUUUGAAACAGGAGGUUUUUUUUUAAUACGAGAAAUUAGCCUCUAAUUAGUUAGCCGUCCAGCUAGCCAUUAGCUCCAGUCAGAGGACUUCUUGUUUCUAGAGACCCCGCCCACUUAGAGAUGUUGUUUGCAGGUAGGGUCCGUAGGUAAAAUCCUUUAGAUUUACAUAAAUAUAUCUUUAACUGGCACUCUGUUGCAUGGACAGAUUCUGUUUUCCUGCAUUAAAUUUUCUGAAGGAACGCGAUCAACCAUAGAGGUGGCAUGCGCGCACACGCACACACACAGAAAAGGGACAUUUUAAGAGUGAGUGUGUGUGUGACACACUCUUUUCUCGUCCAAUAAGAUUCUAGCUGUGUUAGCUCUGAUGGCCGUGUUUGACACACGGCUCCUAAUUUGUGGAUUUCAUUUGAAUGUUUCUGUUUUCCAAGCUAUAAAAAAUCAUUUAUUUCAUUUUACAAUAGAAAGUAACACGUUAUGGUUAGUUGGGACAAAAUCCCCCCUUUAGUUUUGAGUUUCUGUGGGAAUUUUCUGGAAUAAAUGACCAAAUAUCUGAUUCAAACGUUUAAACAUGUUCGACUUUUAAACAUGUUCGACUUUUGUUUUUCGUUGCUGUUUUUUAUCUGCUGGAGUCCAACUUUUAGGUUAUUGAGAAAUGAUGUCGUCCGUUGAAGAAAAGUGACAUCAUACUGAAUACGGCAUGCCAAGACGGCUCUUAUUACAGUACAAGAUGCUUUUAAACACCUGAUUAUGCAGUUUAGGACUUCGUGAAGUUUUAGUUGCCAGUUAAUGUAGACAAAUGAAAUAAGUGAUGAUUCAGCUUUAAGAGUCUAAAGAACCAAGAAUGUAUUCUGUGUUGUGAAUUUGAGCCUGAUUGCUGUUUGUUCUCUGAUGUUUAUCAGUUUAAUUUUUUUUUUACAUUCCUGAUUGUCGUGUUUAGUGAUUCUCCUUCAACGUAUCAGAUUUAAUGAAAGCAUUUUCUGUAUAAAUAAUUUUAUUCCAUCGUUUGUUUUAUUUCUGUCUGGAAUGAAAAGAUGAUUUAUUUUAUUUGUCAUAUACCAGAUUUUUCUAUUAUGAAUUUAAACCUAUUUGAUGUCAAACCAGGUUUGGGAAAAGGCCGAACUCUUCCUGACCAAAAAUCCACCCCAGCUGGGAAGUUUGGGAUCAAAUAAAAAUCUCAAACAAUUCACAAAAAACAAGAUUUUUGAGGAAGAAAAUCUAAAUUUUCACAGAGGCCAGUUAUCAGGCGUUUGCAUCUCCUGAGCCGAACGACCUCAGAAAUGUCUCGCAACAAAGAAGCUCUAGGGCGACGGUGGCACAGGAGUUAAGUGCUCGCCCCGUAAUCGGAAGGUUGCAGGUUCGAGCCCCACUCAAUCUGUCGCUGUCGUUGUGUCCUUGGGCAAGACACCUAACCCACGUUGCCUGCUGGUGGUGGUCGGAGGGACCGGUGGCGCCAGUGCUCGGCAGCCUCGCCUCUGUCAGUGCGCCCCAGGGCAGCUGUGGCUACAUCGUAGCUCAUCCCCACUGGUGUGUGAAUGUGUGUGUGAAUGGGUGAAUGACUGAUUGUGUUGUAAAGCGCCUUGGGGGGUUCCAGGACUCUAGAAGGCGCUAUAUCAAAUACAGACCAUUUACCAUCUCUAUGGAGCCAGUCUUGUCUCGUAGGAAGCGAUCCCAGUGGAUUCUCUUCAGAUCACAUUUAGGAUGUCGGAGUUCUGCCGGUCUAGAAUUCCUGCAGUAAAUCGUAUCUUAUUUUUCUGACUACGGCUGCAUUUUCUUUGUUUUAGUGUACGUUUCCAUGGAAACAAAGACAUUGUACAUGAUCCCAAACUUUUUAGCUUCUGCCACAUCAAACUGUAGGUCAUUGUGAACCCGAGUCACGACUUGGGCUCGAGUCUGAUUCUUGAUGACUUGAUUCUAGUUGAUUUGGAAAAAAAAACUCUAAAAAGUCAAUAAAAAACAGUAAUAUUUACUGGCAAAGGUGACAUCAGCAGCACCUUUGCUGAUGUCAUCAUAUAAACACACAGUUUAUUUAACACAUUUCUCAUUUUGUAAAUUGCAAAUUAGAACUUAAAAAUCCUAAUUUAGUACUUAAGUUAAAAAUCUCAAGACUUCCUUGCAGAACACAUGACUUGUUUUUGCUUUUGUCAACAUCUCAAACAGUUAAGAUGGCCCGGUUCACACGGCAGGAUGAUUAAGCCAAUUUUUGACCCGAUCGUCCCCUUCCAACAAUCUUAAGGACACGCCUGAUUACUGUAAUGGCUCUACAGAUGAUCUCAUCAGAUAUUCCUCCUGUGUGGGGUGUGUUAAGAGCGCUCAGGACGGGACGUGUCUGGGAUAUCCAACAUGUUAGGUGGCCGAUCAGAAAACAAGGUGACUGAAGCACACUGCACACCCCUCCUCACUUUACUCCCAAGUCACGAUAUUACAAGAUCUCGUAAUAUUUCCCGUCUGACCGGGGAACGUUGGUGUGUGUGAAAUUGGUUCUUGUGUAGUGUUUGUCAUGGGCGCACACCACACACUGUAGGAGCAAAACAGUUAUGUCUAUGAAGUUUUAUUGUCGUGUGUGCCGUUUUUCGUGGUAUAAAAAUCAUCCGACGAUUAAAAAGUUCUUGCCGUGUAAACCGGAUCUUAGUUGCAGCCUUUUCUGUCUGCUAACGUAAAUUAUCUGUGGCGGCCAUCUUGAAUUGGGCUCAUCCAGUAAAGAUGUUCUGUGAGUGUCAUUACAUCAGUCCUUAUGUGUAACAACAACCUUUUGCCCUUGCGGUCCUAAAGAUUUUUUCCAAACCGACAGACGUUAAACUGGAUGGUUGUUGGUUCUGAAACAUGUAAUUAAACCAUGAGAUGCUGA